AGAGAGAGAAAGAAUGACAAAGGUUGAUGAGUUCCAUCCUCAUCCAGUGAAGGAUCAACUUCCCGAUGUUGAUUACUGUGUUAACAGCUCUCCCCCAUGGCAUGAAGGGAUUUUACUUGGGUUUCAGCACUACCUGGUUAUGCUUGGGACCAUCGUCAUUGUUUCCACCAUACUUGUCCCUUUGAUGGGUGGUGGCAAUGUGGAGAAGGCUGAAAUGAUACAGACUUUACUUUUUGUUGCUGCCAUAAACACAUUGUUGCAGACGUGGUUUGGAACACGGCUUCCAGUGGUUAUGGGGGCAUCCUAUGCUUUCCUCAUUCCUGCUAUUUCCGUUGCUUUUUCUACCAGGAUGACUAUAUUUCUAGAUCCACAUCAGAGAUUUAAACAAUCCGUGAGAGCCAUACAAGGAGCACUUAUUGUUGCAUCAUUUGUUCAAAUCAUUAUUGGCUUUUUUGGAUUCUGGAGGAUUUUUGCCAGGUAUCUCAGCCCCCUCAGUGCGGUUCCCCUUGUCACUCUGACUGGCCUAGGACUUUUUGUAUUGGGGUUUCCAAAAUUGGCAAAUUGUGUUGAAAUUGGUCUCCCUGCAUUGGUUAUUUUGGUCAUCCUGUCCCAGUACAUUCCCCAAACUUUGAAAUCAAGAGGAGCUGAUCGAUAUGCAAUCUUAGUCUCAGUCGGAAUUGUAUGGGCAUUUGCUGAGAUUUUGACAGCAGCCGGUGCUUACAAUAAAAGAUCACCAAAUACUCAAAUCAGCUGCCGCACUGAUCGAUCUGGGUUAAUUAGUGCUGCUCCUUGGAUAAGAGUUCCAUAUCCAUUUCAGUGGGGACGCCCUUCUUUCAAUGCUGGUGAUGCUUUUGCAAUGAUUGCUGCUUGUCUUGUUGCAAUUGUAGAGUCGUCUGGGACGUUCAUUGCAGCGUCGAGAUUUGGGAGUGCAACCCAUAUUCCACCCUCUAUCCUUAGCCGUGGUGUUGGCUGGCUGGGCAUAGGUACUCUUCUGAAUGGCUUUUUCGGCGCAGUAACUGGAUCCACUGCAUCAGUUGAAAAUGCAGGACUAUUGGGUUUAACGCGAGUUGGAAGUCGGAGAGUCGUUCAAAUAUCAGCUGGGUUCAUGUUUUUCUUCUCUAUAUUAGGUAAAUUUGGAGCAGUUCUUGCUUCAAUACCAUUACCAAUUAUAGCAGCACUGUACUGCGUCCUCUUUGCUUAUGUGGCAUCAGCAGGCCUUGGCUUUCUUCAGUUCUGCAAUUUAAACAGCUUCAGGUCAAUGUUCAUCCUGGGUUUUUCUCUCUUCAUGGGUCUAUCUGUUCCACAAUAUUUCAAUGAAUAUCUGUUGCUAUCCGGGCAGGGCCCCGUUCAUACUGGCUCCACUGCGUUCAACAAUAUAGUGCAAGUGAUUUUCUCGUCCCCAGCAACUGUGGCAAUUAUAGUUGCUUAUUUGUUGGAUUUUACUCUCAGUCGUGGGCACAGCUCAACUCGCCGAGACAGUGGGAGGCAUUGGUGGGGAAAAUUCAGGAACUUCAAUCAGGAUAUCAGAAGUGAAGAGUUCUAUUCACUGCCUAUGAACCUGAACAGAUUUUUCCCUUCAUUCUGA